AUGCCUCCCCCGGGCCGCGGGGUGGAGCUGCGGCCCCGCCCGGGGAUUUGGGUUUUUUUUUUUUUUGAGGCAGGGAGGGGCGAGUCAGGGAGAGGAGGAGGGUCAGAGCCUAGGAGUGACUGCAGCUCCGAGGUCCGGCCGCGGUGAGACUCCUCAGAGUUCACCCUGGCCCUGCUCAGCCUGGAUGGUGUUGUCCUCUCCCCAACAGAGAAUGACUUUGUCCUCCAUGUCAAGGAGGAACUGGACCGAUUCCUCCUGCAGAAGCAGCUGUCCAGAGUACUGCUGUUCCCACCCCUCUCAAGUCGUCUCCGGUACUUGAUCCACCGAACGGCCGAGAAUUUCGAUCUCCUGAGCAGCUUCUCAGUUGGGGAGGGCUGGAAGAGGAGGACCGUCAUCUGUCACCUGGACACCAGGUUACCGAAUUUGGAUAACUUCUCUCCCUCCAACCCGGUCACUGGCCGCCAGGGCAAGUCCCGAAGGCCCUGGGCCAACUUAGCCCAGCAACCAGCCCCUGGGUCCCGGGCUCAACGGCCGGUCCGGAGGCAGCGUGGCCGCAAACCCGACCAGGCGCUGUACGUGCCUCGGGCGCUACGCGGGAAGUCUGAGGAAGCUGCGGACCUGUCCCUGCCAGAGGCGGGUAUUGGGGACGGGCAUGGGGACUCGAUUAGAAAGAUCCCAGAAGAACCCAAAGACGUUGGCAGUCCGGACCGGGACCCUGACCCUGACCCCAAACUCCCCCCUCAGGCAGUGCCUGGAGUGGCAGGAGAUGUAAAAGACCAGAACCAAAAGGCCCCAGGUGAGCCUGAGCCAGACUCGGAUGAGCUGGGUCCCCCUGGCUCCACGAGCCCGUCAAGGGAGGCUGACUGCCAGGAGGCAGAGGAUCAGCUCAGCUCCAAUCUUCAGCUCUCCCCGGAGGACAGGAAGAAGGUCUUCCUCGUGAAGUUUGGGGAGGGAGAGGAAGACUUCGGCCAUUCAGAGGAUGAGUCUGUUGAGCUGAUACAGGAGAUCAUGGACAACGUGGUUGACCGAGAGAUUCAGAUUGAGAAGGUCCACGUGGACAGCUGCUACCUGAUGGAUGAGCAGAUGUGGGGGGAGAAUGGCUUUGGCCACGUGGUGGAAAUCUACGACUUUGAGCCUUCCUUGAAGACGGAGGACCUCAUGGCGGCGUUUUCGGAAUUUCAGGAGAAGGGGUUCAAGAUCCAGUGGGUGGAUGAUACUCACGCUUUAGGCAUCUUUCCUUGCCUGGCAUCAGCCAAUGAAGCCUUGACCAGGGAUUUCCCAGCACUGAAGAUCCGCCCCCUCACUCAGGGAACCAAGCAGUCCAAGUUCAAAGCUCUCCAGCGUCCAAAGCUCCUGCAUUUGGCCAAGGAACGACCGCAGACCAGCACAGCUGUGGCCCGGAGGCUAGUGGCCCAGGCCCUGGGCCUCCAGAAGAGAUACAGAGAACAGGUGAGGGCCAAGUCCCCUGCCCAACCUUAAGUCACCACGCUUCCCGACGGAGCAGCCUAGGAUCCAAACUCGAGGGCUCUGGGGGCCGGCCCCCCUUAGACCAGGCCCAAGGACCAGCUCCAGCCAACAGUCAUCACCGAAAGGUCACCAACCAAGGGUCCAAGCCUGGGGGCCUUGAGUAUAUUUUUAGAUGUUGAGAAGAAAAUUAAAAGUGGACUGGGUAAAA